CAUGUAGACAAUCUCACUAACGGAGAUAAAAACAAGUUUUCUUCACUCUCUCUCUCUCUCUCUUUCUUGGGAUUAGAGAAUCAAGCUUCUUCCUUUUAUCUGACUCGACGCUUUGACUCGCUCUGACUCAGCCACUCUGGUGAAGAAAUAGCAACGGGUUGGUUAGGUUAAGUCUUUUGAAUGGAGGAGGAUACCUUCAUGGAGGUUAAGGAGCAUGGAGUUUGUGUGGACAAGAAGAAAAGACGGUUUAAAUGCAAUUACUGUGGGAAAGAAGUUCAGGGCUUCAGGCGUCUGAGGUUUCACUUGGGUGGUGUAGGUGGAGAUGUAACUUACUGUGACCAAGUCACACCUAACGUUAGAGAGAACUUUCGAAGUAUGGUUGUGAAGCAACAACUUAACUCUGCUGCUAAGGCUAAGAGAGGAGUCAAUAAGCGUGGAAGGAUAGAAAUCUCAUCCAGCAAAAGUGGUUCUGAUGAUGAUGAUGAGGAAGGGACUACAAGUAAAAGUGAACUGGUCUCAAACACAGUUGUGUAUUCUCCAGAGUUCAAUGAAAUGAUGUCUGAAUGUUGUGGUGAUGAGAUUUGGCUUAACAUUCCUGGUUCUCAUGAAGCGUUGAAGGAAGUGGAAGAUCAUGUGAAGAAGGUUAAAGACUCAUGGGCCAUCACAGGUUGCAGCAUCUUGCUUGAUGCUUGGGUUGACAAGGAGAAAGGCCGUGAUCUCGUUACUUUCAUAGCAGAUUCACCAGCUGGUCCAGUGUAUCUGAAGUCCUUUGAUGUUUCCGAUAUAAAAGGAAACGCCAAGGCCUUGAUAUCGCUGGUGGAUGGGCUUGUCGACGAGGUUGGAGCGAGCAACGUGGUUCAGAUCGUUGCGUGCUCAGCUUCUGGUUGGGUCGGUGAGCUAGGCGAGGCUUACAGCAAGAAGGGAGGAGUCUUCUGGUCUGUGAGUGUAUCUCACUGCUUCGAGCUCAUGCUGUUGAAGAUCGAGGAGAUAGAUUCUCAUGAACACAUUGUUGAAGCAGUCAAUAUGAUUACGGAUUACGUCAACAGCAACCCUUUGGCUUUGAAGCUUGUAAGAGAUCAAGAUCGCAGACAUGGACUAGAUGUAGCCGUCUCUUCCGAGUUCGAGUUUUUCAUGCCAUACUUAACGUUAGAGAGUAUCUUCAGAGCCAAGGAAGAGCUGGUAGCCAUGUUCGCUUCAUCUGAUUGGAACAGAGAAGAAGAAGAAGACUUAACUAUAUCCAAUUUGAUGAAUGAUUCGAGUUUAUGGGAAACAGUUGAGAGAGUUCUGAAAUGCUCGUCUCCUCUGAUUCACGGUCUGCUCGGUUUCUCUGCUUCUGCCAACAACAAUCAACACGUUGGAUAUGUCUAUGACACUAUGGAUGUCAUUAAGGAGAGUAUCGCCAGGGAGUUCAAUUACAAGAAAUCAUGUUAUGAGCCGUUGUGGGAUGUGAUUGAUGAUGUGUGGAACGAGCAUCUCCACAGUCCUAUUCAUGCUGCAGGCUACUUCCUCAACCCGACUGCUUUCUACUCGACUGAUUUCCAUCUCGACGCAGAAGUAGCCAUCGGUCUUAUCUCCUCUCUUGUUCAUAUAGUUAAAGAACGUGACGUUCAGGUUAAAGUCGCCACUCAGCUUGAUAUGUACAAAGCUCGUGAAGGCUGGUUUAACGAGGCUAGUCAAGCUGAUGAGAUAUCUGGAUUCUCUCCAGCUGAGUGGUGGGCUGAAAAGGGGAGCCAGCACCCAGAGCUGCAGAGUUUCGCGGUUAAGAUUCUGAGCCAGACAUGUGAAGGUGCUUCAAGGUACAAGCUCAAGAGAAGUGUGGCGGAGAAGCUGUUGCUCACGAAAGGAAUGAGCCGUUGUGAGAAACAGCAUCUGGAAGAGUUAGCGUUUGUUCAUUACAAUCUUCAUCUACAGUAGUACUGUGCUGCAAGGUAUGUUCAUAUAUAUAUGGACUGACCUGUUUCAGAUUAGCCAAUGUGCAUAUUAGUUUUAGUAGUUUGUAUCUAUACUAUUAAAACAGAAACAUUCUAAAAAAUCUAAUUAAACAAGGUUGUUGCACCUAUUCAUUAAACUUACUAUUAUUUGGUCUUACCUUAUACUGUAUUUCUCUAACUAUUCA